AUGAAGUGGCUGGCUGUUCGAUCAGCCGCUCUUGCGCGCGCGCGCCUCCUCCGUCGUCCGACCUGCCGCAGCUACUCGGCGGCGGCGGCCACCCCCGCCUCGGACCCGCUCCGGAUCUUAUUCUGCGGCUCCGACUCUUUUAGCUGCGCCGCACUCAAUGCUUUGGUCACGGAGAAGGAGCGCAAUCCUGGGCUGAUCGAGUCUUUGGACGUCGUGGUCCGACCCGGCAAGUUGUCGGGUAGGGGGAUGAAAGAGAUUCGUCAGGUUCCUCUGAAGAUGUUGGCUGAAGAUAUGAAGUUGCCGAUCCAUGAGAGGGAUACCUUCACCGGGUGGCAGCCCGAAAUCGACAUCAACCUAAUCAUCGCCGUGUCUUUUGGCCUCUUCGUACCUCCCAGACUUCUGAACCUCGCAAAGUACGGCGGCCUGAACGUUCACCCGUCGCUUCUUCCAGACUUCCGCGGCCCCGCGCCUCUCCAACACACCCUCCUCCAAAGGCGCACGCACACGGGUGUCACUCUCCAGACCCUCCACCACAAGACCUUUGACCACGGCACCGUUCUAUCCCAGACUCCGCUCCCGGGUAUCCCCAUCCCCGAGAACUGCACCACGCAGGAACUGCAUGACAUCGUCACCCCUCUGGCGGCGGACAUGCUGGUCGACGGGCUCCGCCGCGGCUUGCACGUCCCGCCUCUGAAGGACGUGGGCUGGAAGCCCGAAGGGGAGGAGGUCGAGAAGCUCUGCCACGCGCCCAAGUUGACGAAGCACGACCGUCAGAUCAACUGGGCGGAGUGGAGUGCCGACGACAUCGUCCUCCGUCAGCGCGUUCUCGGUCCGCUGUGGUGCGAGGCGGUGCACCACGAGGAUAAGAAGGUCAUGCGAAUGUUCCUUGAGCAUAUGCAAGUCGUGGAGAUGCCGGAGCAUAUCGAGGCGUGGGAGGAGCGGUACCGUGAGCGCGAGAAUGGCUCUCUGGCCAUGGAAGAUUUGCCUCAGGGAGAUCGGGAGGUGAAGUGGGUUACGUGGCUGUGGAAGCCCGAGGGCCCGGAGGGGAAGGAUCCCGAGAACUGGGGCCAGUUCGCGGUGCCUUACUUCCCGGAGGAAACCGGCGGGGCCAUCUUCAUUCCGGUUAUGAAUGGAGGAUGUUUGCGGGUGCCGGCGAUCAAGGUCGAAGGCUCGCGGGCCAAGGCUGCGAAGAAGGCGAUUGCUGACUUUGGCCAGAAUGAGGAUGUCGAGAGUUCUCCCACCAAAAAGAAAGGCUUCUUCGGGGAUGGCGCGGUCUUAGCUGGAUUGCUCACUUCAUUCUUGAUAUAA